AUGGAGGCAGAGCAUGAUCGCGCGUGGGUAGCGAUGCUGAAGGCAGACUUGGUCGUCGUGCUUGGCAGCAGCCUGAGCGUGCCGACCGCGUGCGAACUUCCAGAGGAAUGCAUACCGCCGCGCGAGGCGAAGCCAGCAGGCGGCAGGCUGGUCAUCGUGAGCUUUCAGAACACGCCGAAGGAUCCGCUCGCCGCGCUGCACAUCUUUGCUCCAUACUUCGUCCGGUAA